UCUCAAGUUAACUAGUAGUUACCCGUGCCUCCUCCACUAUCAAUCAAUCAUCUGCUCUAAUCGCUUCUUUCUCUACCUCUAUUACCUCUGCCAACUGCCCCGCUGCAACCGUUGGCUACAAGAUCCCCCACCGCUCGUCGUCAAUUUCGAUUACUCUUUCCCUCCCACAUCGGCGUCGUUGGUUGAAAUCGGGCAGUGAACCAUCCUAAAACCUUUCGCCUGGCUCGUCUACGCCGACCAUGAAUCCCUCCAUCCCACCUUCCACGGCUGAAUAUGGCGGAGAUGAGGUGUCGGCGAUUGUGCUCGACCCCGGCUUCUCGACGACACGAGCUGGAUUUGCAGGGGAAGACACACCCAAAUCCCUGAUUCCGACAUACUACGGGAGAUAUUCUUCAGAUGGCCAGUCGAAGUUGGUCUUCGGUGAUGAUAUCUUUGUUACGCCCCGGCCCGGUCUGUCGAUUCACAACCCAAUGGGUCGCGAUGGAAUCGUGGAGGACUGGGACAUGGCAGAGAAAGUAUGGGAAUAUGCCUUCACGUCGCGCCUGACGGGCCCAAAGCCUGGAAAUCCCCUACAGAACGGAUUGAACGACGUGCCGGAGGGCGAAUUAUCUACAGAAAUGGAAGGGGUGGAAACCGAGGAGAAGCUGCUUGCUGAUAGCCCGCUGCUGAUGUCGGAGCCCGGCUGGAAUCCCACGAAGUCGCGCGAGAAGACUAUCGAGCUUGCUAUGGAGAAGUGGGGAACCCCGGCCUUCUAUCUAGCCAGGAACGGUGUUCUUUCAGCCUUUGCGGCCGGCAAGGCUUCCGCCCUUGUGAUUGACAUUGGCGCUUCUAACAUCUCCGUAACUCCGGUCCACGACGGUAUGAUACUGAAGCGGGGAGUGCAGCACUCCCCUCUCGGUGGUGAUUAUAUCUCAUCUCAGAUCCGCGCUCUCUUCAAGUCGAACGCCCCGCAGCCGAUAACGAUCACUCCUCAUUAUCUGAUCUCGUCCAAGACAGCAGUUGAUGCCGGCCAACCCCCACAAGCUAAAUACAAGACUUUCGCCCCCGACAGAGCUCCUGACGCAUCUUACAGAACACUUCUGGAAGAGCGAACCCUGUCCGAGUUCAAGGAAUGUGUUGUCCAAGUUUGGCCCGGCCCCAACAAGCUCUCCGCCACAGGACCCAACGGCGUCUCGAACGAAGAACUGGCCAAGAGCAGCCCCGGCCGGCCCUUCGAGUUCCCCGACGGCUACAACCAGGUCUUCGGAGUCGAUCGCUACAAGGUCGUCGAAUCCCUAUUCGACGCCAAAGCUGCAAUCCCGGACCCCGAAUCGGCAUUCCCCGCACCGACGCCGGCACAAACUGUGCCCGAGCUCAUCAAGAAUGCGCUGAACGGCGUCGACGUCGACAUCCGCCCGCACUUGUUGGCUAACGUUGUUGUCACGGGUGCCUCCAGCUUACUCUAUGGUUUCACCGACCGUUUGAACCAGGAGCUCAUGCAGAUGUUCCCAGGUCCACGCGUUCGUAUAUCGGCCCCAGGAAACACCGCGGAGCGGAAGUUUGGCUCUUGGAUCGGUGGAAGUAUCCUCGCCAGUUUGGGUACCUUCCAUCAGAUGUGGAUCUCCAAGAAGGAGUUUGACGAACAUGGUCCGAAUAUUGUCGAGAAACGCUGCAAGUAGAAGAUUGUCUUUGGGAUGUCUUACUCGUCUUUUUUACGUCCUUCAAUCUUCCCCUCCGCCUUCUCUCAAAAAUUUAUGUUCCUUUUUCUACCUUCUGUUGUUUACUGCCCGUAAUCAUUUUCUGAACACCUUCGUGUGCUAUUCAUAACUACAGCCCAGGAGAAUCGGUGCAUCCGUUAAUACGAUUUAAUUCCGGUGUGAAUAUCGAGACAUAUAUGUCUCUUCCUUAUAUUGUUUACUA